AUGGCUUCGGAGAUGACUUCUGACCUGUCCUCUUUGGACAAUCUUACAGAUGAACACAUCAGGAAAGCGCUGAGAGAAAGAUGCGAACAUGACAUCCUAUACCCGGCGGCGCACGAUCUUCCAGAAGACGGACCUAAGCAGCACUUCUGGGACCUUCCACAAAUCAUACCAAGAGACCGUAAAGAACGCGAUGUUGACGAGGACCGCGGUUUGCAGGUCAUCAAAGCGGCUGCCUACAUCCUGUUUUUUGCGAUCCUCCUGUGGUGUUCCGUGACACAGAAGCUGAGCCUGAUGACACUGGUCGCCUACCAGUACAACAGAAUUGCCAACGCCACGGAAUCGCAGGAAGAGGAAAGAAAAACAGUUGCGGCUGGAAAGCACUUACUCCUAGCGAUUGCUAUCAUGAUUCCGUACUGCCUGACGUUCCUGACCAGUCUAUUUAAAUGGAUGUUUGGUUCCUUUCAAUUUCCUGGAUUUCCAGCAAUUUUGUUUUGUAUUGUAAUGGAGACCAUUCAUUCACUUGGUCUUUGUGCCUUAGUGUUUAUCAUCCUACCGGAUAUGGACAUCGUUCGCGGGUUAUGGCUGCUGAAUGGAGUAGCUAUUCUACCGUCCAUAUUGUAUCCAAUCACCGCAUCAGAACUCAGAACAAACAAGGGCGGUUGCCUCGGACGCAUAGGAGUGUUUUCACUGAGCGUUUUCGCGGCCGUCGUGCAAGUGGCGUUUAUUCCACUUGUGAUCCUGUUUGAUAACUUUGUCGCCGGAAGCACGAUGGACAGCAAGGCACAGACAAUAGUGAUCUUCAUUAUCGCCAUGCUUUUUGUGUCAUUUUCGUGGUGGGAAAAUUUCAGUGAUGACCGAUUUUGUGGGCGAACCAAUGAUAACAGUAUUAUAAAAACCAAAUAUCUGAAACUGAAAUUCAAUUUACAAGAAUCAAGACCCGUUAUCAGUUUCUUUACAAGUUUAUGGAAAAUCGGCAUCACUUGCUUGUUGACCUGGCUUACCAAACAGUAUAAACCCUUCUCUGAUUCUAUGAACUCCGAACAUCAUGGAAUAGAUGGCGUUUCAAUGGCCGAUGCAUUCAGAAAACUUGGAGAUAUGCCACUUAAAGACAACGCUGCUGUUCUUACAUUGACACUGACCACUUUUGUGGGUUUCUACGUAGCGUACACAACUUGUAAAUUGAAGAUUCAGAAGUUUUCUUUUAGCUUUCCACUGAUUAUUUCAACACCUUUGACAGUGGUAAUUGCUUCGGUGGAUUGCAGACCUUCAUUUAAUCUUUUAAUUCCUUUCACCAACGAGCUACAGAAUGUGUGUGAACAACAUGAUGAGGUAAACGAAUGGGUAGGCGUGUACAUUGCCGGAGUCGUGGUAUUGGCCUCGUUGUACUGGUUGUGUAGGCACAUUUUCUCUCCAAACAUAGAAAGACUGGCUAGAACAGAGAGGUUGUUUAUGAACCCGUUUUACUGCAGCAUUUUGUUUGAACAACACUUAAUCCUUAACCGCCGCCGUCACAACCGUCGAGUCAAGAAGGAAAUCGACCCCGAUAAAGAAUUCUACAGUUUGUCGGAAUACAAUUUUAAAGUAAAUAUCGAAGGGGAUGAAGAGGAAGAUAGAGACUCCAAACAAGGCAGCGAAGAAGAGGAGACGGACAUAUACGCUGAUGGUUACAGAAAUCGGAAGUUCCGUGAUAUUCCGAUGAUUUACGCAUGCGCAACCAUGUGGCACGAGACAAAGAUCGAAAUGAUUCAACUGAUGAAAUCAAUAUUCAGAAUGGACCGAGAUCAAAACAUUCGGAGGAAUGCAGAAAUAUUGACAGGAAAGGAAGACAAAGAUUUCUAUGAGUUUGAGGCGCAUAUCUUCUUUGACGACUGUAUGGAUUUGGACGACGAUGAAGAGCUGGUGCCGAAUUCGUUUGUACGAGAAUUACUCUCGGUGUUGCAAGAGUCUGUCAACUCUGUUUAUGCCAAAUCUAUGAAAUUGAUGCAGCCGUUCAUUGUACCAACACCGUACGGAGGGCAGAUAGUUUACCAGAUGCCAGGAGAGAACUUCUUGUUCAUACAUCUGAAAGACAAGACUAAAAUAAGACACAAGAAACGUUGGUCUCAGGUAAUGUAUAUGUAUUACUUGCUGGGAUACAGAAUAGUACGGUAUUGUCAGGAAACCGUAACCGAAGCGUUAAAACAUGACCGAAUAAACGAACUUUUAGGAUGGGAAGAUGGCGAGACUGUGCAUGGCGGUCAAUAUGGGCGCAGCCAUAUUUUCCACGCAUUUGAUGAACAAACUCUGAGAAAGGCAAGCAACACUUUUGUAUUGGCUUUAGACGGCGACGUCGACUUCUCACCGGGAGCAGUGAAACUUCUUGUAGAUCGGAUGAAGAAGAGUGAAAAAGUCGGUGCUGCUUGUGGCCGAAUUCACCCGAUAGGAACAGGCCCAGUAGUGUGGUUUCAAAAGUUUGAAUACGCCAUCGCCCACUGGCUACAGAAGGCAACCGAACACGUUCUAGGGUGCGUUUUGUGCAGCCCUGGUUGUUUCUCGCUGUUCAGAGGUUCUGCUCUCAUGGACGACAACAUAAUGAAGAAGUACACAAUCUUGCCCACAGAGGCAAGCCAUCACUUAAUGUACGACCAAGGUGAAGAUCGGUGGCUUUGUACACUUCUCCUGCAACAAGGAUACAGAGUGGACUAUGCAGCUGGCUCAGACGCCUUCACUUACGCUCCAGAGGGUUUUGCAGAGUUUUUCAAUCAGCGCCGAAGAUGGAUGCCUUCUACAGUAUUCAACAUUAUAGACCUCUUGGCCGAUUACCAGAACACUGUUUACGUAAACUCAAACAUCAGCAUGCUGUACAUUUUCUACCAGGCGUCACUGUUGCUGUCAACAAUCAUAGGCCCAGCUACUGUUCUUAUGAUGAUCGCUGGGGCAAACCUUGUAGUUUUCAAAACUAAUUUGAUAGAAUCGUACAUUAUCGCCAUGGUACCGGCUUUAUUCUACUUUGUUGUCUGCUUCUACGUAAAACCAAAACUUCAAAUACAAUUGGCCGAAAUAUUAACAGGCAUGUAUGCCUUUGUGAUGAUGAUUGUUCUUGUUGCAACAAUUGUGACAGCGGCAAAAAAUUCACCGUUUCACCCAAGCGUGAUAUUUAUUGUCAUUCUAAUGAUUGCGUUUUCCUUCUCAGCUCUUCUACACCCAAAAGAAUGGACAAAUGUAAUUUACGGAGCUUUAUAUUUUAUUCUUAUUCCAACCGGGUUUUUACUCCUUAUUAUUUAUUCAAUGGCUAAUUUGCAUGUAGUAUCUUGGGGAACUAGAGAGGUGCCAAAAAAGAAAAGCAAAGAGGAAAUGGAAGCUGAAAAGAAAGCACUUGAAGAAAAGAAACGAAAGAAAAAAGAACAAGGCUUUUUCGGAAGAUUUAUGCCCGCCGCCGUUCCGACACAGGAACUGAAAGACCUCAUAAGUAAGAUUACAGAGACCAAGAAGAAGGAACGCGUGUCUAACAGCGAAACUGUCACACUUCUUAAAGAUCUGAAUGAUUCUAUGAAAACAAUGAUUAAAAUACAGAUAGAAACGAAAAAUAAUGUACCGCUUACAAAUGAUCAGAUGGAUAAUGCCUUGAAAAAGGUCACAAUUCGGGCACAAGAAGUAUCUAAACCAUCUAAACCAUCUCCGACAAAAGGAAUUUUAAAAGAUCCUCUAAAGCCGACGCAACGACUGUCACUUUCAAUAUCCAAGAAGGAGCCAGAAGUUUUAACUGAGGAUGGCUCAACCAAACCAAAGAGAAAUGACUUGAGUUCACGUACUUCUGAGGACAAUAUUGAGGAAGAGCGGACAUCUGAGACUCAAAGUAGCAGCAGUGGGCCAAUAAAGAACUUAGAAGUAGAUGCACUUGGACUGAUGUUCGUCUUUUUCUACCUACUGAUCCUGAUGAUUCAGUUUGCAGGCAUGAUAAUGCACCGCUGGGGAACCUUCUUACAUCUCGUAUCCGUUACAAAACUGGUUAAUCCAUUGAAAGGACAAAGUACAAGGAAACCUGAGACACCUAAGGGAUUAUCUGCAAACGAAGCUCGAAAAGCAUGUGAAAGAUUGUUAGAGGAGCCUUUAUCAGACUAUCCAGAAGACGAAGAACUAGAAAAAGAACAAGAACGGGAGUGUCAGGAAAAUGCGAAACGACAGUUGGAACUACUCCAGAAAACUGGUAAUCGACUGAGAGUGACAGUGAACAACAAAGGUAUUGGAGCAUCGACUCGUCUUCUAGAUCAAUCUCAGAGUGUUGAUCCCUCGUUAUUGGCUCAAAGCGCUCGAAUGCUUGCGAGGAUGCCGAGUACACACCAUCUGAGGAGGACGGUGACCAUGACAUCGCUAGAUGUAACGAGACGAGAGGCUCAACAUAUUCUUCAUAGACAACAUGACCAAUAUAGAAACCGACCUCUUCCACCGGUGAUAAAAAGUAGAAGGCGUUUAAAUACAGGAGCAGUAAGAUACGCAAUGAUAUCGCGUUGGGACAAUAUGUUACAAAAUAGGAACUCAGAUAUUACUGGAACGACAGGAAACGAAACCAAACAAGCAGAAAUAGACAGAGACACACGGGAGCUUAGAUAUCUAGCCAAUGCCAUCCGUGAAAUGAGCAGUGGCGACUCAGGGUAG